UUACGACUAAAUUUUAACACCAUCCCUCUCGAUCGAGCCGUUUCUUUCUAAAUCCUUUAUCUUUAUCCUCCAAGCCUGAACAAACUUGCAGGUUCAUCAUCACACCUAACUUCCUUCCAGGUCAGAUUUGCAGAGCUACACAUGGCCCUCUUCCUUAUCAAUAAUGCACCAUAAUGCAACGUUAUGUGGCGCCAUUAACUAAGUGCAUGCCCGCCAUGCUGUGUAAUGAAUAAUUUAACUUCCAGUUUUUUUUAUCAACAUCAAAGUAAUUAUAAAAUAGUGAAAGUGUCGCUGCUUUAAAAAAAACUGACUUCGCUACAAAAGAGCACAGCAAUCGCCCCACCGAUAGUUCUUAUGGCGUAUGGGGACAAAGAGGAGGAUUGGAUACGCGACACGGUUUAGCGGAAAUGCUACACAUGACCUUGUGACAAGUUGGUUUCAGGUCUGCUGGUUGUCUAGCCGUUUUUUAGUUUCCAUUCACCGACCAACGAUCGACGAGAUCGAUCCAGCACGAAGGCGAUCUCUCAAGUUGGCUUAAGUUGAGUUUGAAUUUUGUCCUGAGCACGGCUUUUCACUAGACAUAGUGGCGGUACUGAGUGCAUCGAAUAAAAAAAAACCCCGAUCGGGCGCUUAUCUAAAAUGAUGUCGCCGAUCGUGCGAUCUCGUGCCGAGUCGCGGAGAGUCAUCUCGUCGACGCGAUCAAUUGCUGCUUUGUGUUGGCUGUUGUGGAUCGGUGCACCCGAGUGCUUUGCCCAGGGAACGCUAUCUAAGCCAUCAGAGACGAUGCCAAACGACGCUACAUAUUAUCAGGUGGAACAGCUGCCCGCCCCUCGAUCGCGGCUGGGUGAAGGACCGGUUUGGGACAUCGAAAGCAAGAGCCUGUACUAUGUGGAUAUUUCAACGCCGGCGGUGCUGCGGUAUGAUUACGCGGCAAAGCGCACUUUUAGUGCUAGCCUCGAAGGGGCCAGCUCGAUUUCGUUCAUCGCACUCGUUGCUGGACAACCGGAUCACUUUGUCGUCGGCGAUGAUAACCGCGUGUCACUGAUCAGUUGGAAUGGCCGAUCCGAGACGGCGAAUCGUGUUCGAACGUUGGCCGAUUUGGGUGAUUCGCAGCGCCACGUGCGAUUCAACGACGGUAAAGUUGACCCCACUGGUCGGCUGUACGCCGGUACGAUGCAGCUAGAGUCCUUGGGCGAUCUGCUCGCCCAGAAGGAAGGCCAGCUGUUCCGCUACGAAAAUGGCACGAUGGUGGUACAAAAGCAAAACAUCAGCAUAUCGAAUGGGUUAACCUGGGACGAACCGCACAAUCCUCGGAGAAUGUACUACAUCGAUUCAGCCGCACUCGACGUUAAAGCAUUCGAUGUGGCCGAUAACGGUGACUUGAAGAAUGAAACCGUCUUCUACGAUCUGCGUACUAACGGGAGCCAUCCUGGCUACGUCGGCGAUGGCAUGACCAGCGAUGCCGACGGUAAUCUGUACGUUGCGACUUGGGGCGGAUCGAAAGUGAUGAAGAUCGACAAAGGCUCCCAAAAGGUUGUUCUGGAAAUUAAACUGCCGGCCGAGCAGAUUACCUCGGUCGCUUUCGGUGGGCCACAGUUAGACGAACUGUUUGUCACUUCCUCGCUGAAUGGUGAUAAACCAGCGCCGGCUGGAGCUCUCUUCAGGGUGACCGGAUUGGGUGUCAAGGGAAAACCUAUGCACAAGAUGAUUCUCUGAAAUCAACACCAGUAGGGAGAAGGACCUAGUUUCCUCUGUAUCCAUGCAAAUAAAAGACGCCCUUAGUACGGCAUUCCA